UUCAAUGUCAAAACUUUACAUGAUCAAUACUAAUUUCAAUCAUAUUUGUUUUGUUAUCACAGACCUCCCCUUUGACCCCUGCUAUAAAUUUACUGUACUGGACGAUCCGCUGAGAUCCACGGGCAAUCCAUUUCUCUCUGAAAAUUCAUGUGACUCUUCUAUCAGCUGGUUCGGCUGGUAUCGUCUCUUCAUUAAUGGUCAGAGUGUUCAGAUGCCAGACACAUGUGUUGAUAUAUGGAGUUGUGGCGCAAGUAACCCAAUGUGGCUGAGCGGAGGACAUCCAACAGUUCAGGAUGGAGUGGUCACUCGAAGUGUUUGUGGUUCCUUUAGCUUCGACUGCUGCUUUUACAAGUCCAAUCCUAUUAAAGUCAAAGCCUGUCCGGGAGGUUAUUAUGUCUAUGAGUUAGUUAAGCCGUUGACCUGCAGUUUGGGCUACUGUGCAGGAACAGGAAUCUUCUACACAUUAAUUUCAGGAGCAGGAUACUCAACAAAUCCUCUUUCCGAUGAUGGAAGCUCCCCUGUUAUUCCACUGCUGAGUCCAUUUCAGUUCUUUAGCCGCACAUACCAGCAGAUUUACGUUAAUAAUAAUGGCUUCCUCACAUUCAGCCAGGCUUCAUCACAGUAUGCUCCCGACUCAUUUCCAGCUAAUGGAAGUCAAGAUAUAAUUGCUGGACUCUGGACUGACCUUGAUAACAGCAUAUUAGGAGUCGUGUCUUAUAAUCAGUACACCAGUGGAAGUGUUCUCACUCGCGCCACUCAGGAUAUCAACAAUUAUUUCCCAAAUCUGAACUUCACUGCUUCUUGGGUCUUUGUUGCAACAUGGAAUAAAGUGUCUUACUACAGCUUGAUCAGCACAGAAUCAUCAUUUCAAGUGGUUUUGAUUUCAGGCGGUAAUUAUUCAUUUAUCCUGAUGAAUUAUGGGGACAUUGCUGAAACAGGACAUCCAGUGAAGGCUGGUUAUGACACAAUCAACUCUACAAACUACUUUGUGAUUCCUGGAUCAGACAGCGGAAGCUCCAUCUCAAAUCUCAAGACCUCCAGUAAUGUUAAUGUCACAGGCCGAUGGGCCUUCAGGGUGGACAGUGGACCAAGAAACAUCAUCUUGAAAAACACUGUUGCUGGAAUUCAAGUGAGUUUUUCCUCAGUUUUGGACCUCACACAGAGUGGAAACGUUCAAUUUGUUUUACAGCGAGUCAAUCAGGAGCUGGUCAAAUAUGGUUUGCCAAACAACACAGUGCUGAAAUUAAGAAAACUGCUGAGGAUAUAUCCGUAAAUAGGCUCCUUUAAAAAGGAG